AUGCGCCCGUCCCCGCCGACAGCGCCAAGUCCAGGUCGCGACCUCUCCGUCUCCACCCCCGACUGUCUGGCCGCACCACCCCCGGAACAUGGCGUCGCGGUGAAUGACCGGCUUCAAGGCACCGCAGCGGGAACACCACACUGGAAAGAGGCAAAGAGGAGGAGCGAACAGGCGCAUGUGCCAUUCCAGCGGCCUGCAACAACACGACGUCAACCCAGCACCUCGGCGCCCACCGACCCCCCAACCGCCAUGGCCUUGUCCAACGAGAAAACAUGCCCCACUGCUGCCGGGCCGCCCGCAAAGGACAUCACGUCAGACAGCAUGGUGGAGGGGCAGAACGGCAGGUGGAGGUUGCGCCUGCGCAACCCCUGGGCAUGCUCGCCAUACACACUGCUCACCACAUUACUGGGCCUCGCCGCCCUCUUCCUCAUGGUACAGUCAUUCCUGACGCGCCAGCUCGACACCAAAGGCUGCGAGAUGUCGUACAUGCGUCCCAUCUUCCACAAGUUUGACGACUUCGAUACCGAGCACACCCGCUUUGCCAGCAAAUACUCGUUGUACCUCUACCGCGAGGGCGGCAUAGACGACGACAGCAGGGUCAAAGGAGUGCCCGUCCUCUUCAUCCCCGGAAACGCGGGCAGCUACAAGCAAGUGCGACCACUGGGAGCUGAAGCAGCAUACCACUACCACAACGCUCUGAGGCACGACGUGGCCGCCAGCAGAGCAGGAAAGAAGCCGCUGGACUUCUUCACCGUCGACUUCAACGAAGACUUUACAGCAUUCCACGGCCAGACACUGCUGGAUCAGGCCGAAUAUCUCAACGACGCCAUCACAUUCAUCCUAUCCCUAUACCACACUCCAGGGCGCUCGGCUCGCGACUCAAAUCUGCCGGACCCCACGUCGGUUGUCAUUCUGGGACACUCCAUGGGAGGCAUGGUAGCUCGGACCAUGCUCACAAUGCCCAACUACCAGUCCAACUCCAUCAACACCAUUGUCACGCUUGCAGCACCGCACGCCAGGCCACCCGUGUCUUUUGACGGAGACAUUGUCCGGCUCUACAAGGGCGUCAACGACUACUGGCGACACGCCUACUCCCAAAAGUGGGCCAUCGACAAUCCGCUAUGGCACGUCACCCUGAUAUCCAUUGCCGGUGGUGGUCUCGAUACGGUGGUAUCCUCAGACUAUGCCAGUAUCGCAUCUUUGGUACCCGAGACCCACGGCUUCACCGUCUUCACGUCUUCCAUGCCCAAUGUCUGGACAGGGAUGGAUCAUUUGGCCAUCACAUGGUGCGACCAGGAAAGGAAGAGCGUUGUGCGUGCUCUGUACGACGUCAUUGACGCAUCGCGAGCGACGCAGACGGUGCCCCGCGCCGAACGCAUGCGAGGGUUUAAGAAACAGUUCCUCACAGGACUGGAAGACACCGUUGAAAAGACGUUGCCGCACAAGCAAGCGAAAACGCUUCUUACUCUGGAACAGGACAGUGCGGUCAUCUCGCAGGGCGAAAAGCUGGUUCUGCGAAGCCUCGGAAAGUCACAACAAAAACCAAAGGCUUAUCUGCUACCUGUGCCCCCUCAAGACGAGCACCAGGAGAAGAAAUUCACACUCUUGACCAAUGAGAAGCUGGAUGCCCUGGGCGAGAAUGGCAAGCUCGAAGUCUUGUUCUGCAGUGUGUACCCAUAUCAGACGGGGUUAUCAGCGACGCUCUUCUCCAUGAAUAUGGAUCUCUCUGGCGACAACUCUGGCGCUACUCGGCUCGCAUGCAAGAACGCAGCAUCGGACGUCGUUGCUCUCCCAGAGUCCACCCGCGAGUCCACCUUCUCCUUCAGGACCGACCAACGGCCCUUUUCGUAUCUGCAGUACGACCUCAAAGACCUGUCAGAUCAGCAGUUCGUUGCUGUUGUCGACAAAUCCGGCGAACGCAGCACUGGUUGGGUAGUUGCUGAGUUCAGCAAUGCGUCCGAUUCGGUCUACAGAGUAGACAUGGGCUUGCAACGCCUUCUGACGACUGGCCUGAACCUUCGAUUGUCGAACCGCCGCCCUUUGGCUAUGGACAUCAAGGUGCCAGCUUUGCAUUCGGCCUUGCUGGCAUACAACAUACAUGUUGGCAAGCAAUCAUGCGACCGUGGAGAAUUGUUUGCACCUCUGCUGCGACAGUACAUUACGGACGUGCAUGAGAGCAAGUUCUUCGUCAAUGUCAAAGACGCCACACUCAACUUGCAUGGCGUCUCACCAUACAUGCCGCCCACCCUCUUUCACAAGCAGACAUCAAGUGGUCUGUCUCUGCAGAUCUGGUCGGACCCAACCUGCGACAGCACCGUGGAAGUGAAUCUGAGAGUCGAUGUCCUAGGAAGCUUGGGCAAGUUGUGGAUGCGUUACCGAAUCGUCUUUGCAGCGUUCCCACUGUUCAUCGUCGCAUUGGUCAUACGCCAGCAGUUCAGAGUCUAUGAUGAGACAGGCAUCUUCAUGAGCUUCGCCAACGGCUUCAAUGAGUGUCUGCGUACAUCUCUGCCCCUCGUCUUGGCAGCGUUGACCUUUCUGUCAGUUGCCCUGGCCGGUGCUCGCAAGGAGACGUUCAAGCACUGGCCGCUCAACGCCGUAUCCAGCAACACCACUGCACUUCUGGAUGACGCUAACCACGAACUUCUUCUGGGAUCGGAUGACAACUUUUUCUGGUUUCUUGUACCGCUAUUUGGUCUUAUGUGCAUUGGGAUAUGCGUCGUUCUUAACUACGUUGCUCUGUUGCUCACCUACAUCCUCGCGACAGUGUACGCCUUGGUCAGCUCUGCAGCCCUCAGGAACGAGGAAGGGCAAAGGACUCCGAAGGCAUUUGCCGUCACCUCGACUCGACAGCGAACCAUCACAACUCUGAUCCUGUUGUCGCUUAUAUCUACUGUCGUGCCAUACCACUUUGCCUACAUGGUGCUCUGUCUCGUCCAGCUGGCCACCUGUAUCCGCGGUUUAAGAUUGGCGAAGGAGACACGUCUCGAUACGAACUACAACUUCUACAACUAUGCCCAUUCCAUACUGAUCUUGAUGAUCUGGAUCCUGCCAAUCAACCUGCCGGUUCUCGUAGUCUGGGUACGAAACCUCGCUGUCCAUUGGUGGACGCCAUUCUCAUCGCAUCACAACAUCUUAUCCAUCAUGCCCUUCAUCUUCCUAGUCGAAACCCUCAGCACUGGCCGCAUGAUUCCCCGCGUCCAGUCUCGAUACUCCUUCCUCACCAACAUCUUCCUCUUCUCCAUUGCCGCAUACGCUGCCGUCUAUGGGGUUACCUACGCGUAUGUGCUUCACCACCUCGCAAAUAUUCUCUGCGCUUGGCUUGUCGCUAUACACUUCGAUGCGUCCAACAUCACUGCAAAGAGGAUUGGCGGCAUGUUCGAGACAACGACCUCAAAAACAGACACAAAGAAACGACCCUGA